CUUUGUGCUCCCAGAAUGCACCAGCUUCUCCUCCGCGGGAAACAAAAAUGGCGAGGGGCUACGGUGGAGCCGGGCUGUCUGUGAAGCGGGUCUGACCCCUCCCCCGCCGCCUUUCCUCCCCUGCGCCGCGGGGUCCGCGCCCGGGGGGGUCCCGCUGCGCACCGAGGGCCCGGCCGCACCGGGGCGCCGGGGGGAAGGCUUCUCAGCUCGCCGAUUUCCCUGUAUGAGGCGGUUGGUACCACUGGAGAGACCGAAUGAGAGACUCUACAGCGGUGGGUAAUUCACUGGUCCAUAAGCGGUCUCCUUUACGUCGAAGCCAUAAGACCUCAGCAUCUCUGACCAAACUGUCAUUACGUGAUGGACAGAAAGCCAAAAAGCCACUGUGUAAAUUUGAAGAGGGUCAGGAUGUCCUAGCUAGAUGGUCAGAUGGCUUGUUUUAUCUUGGAACUAUCAAAAAGAUAAACAAACUGAAACAGAACUGCUUCAUUAUAUUUGAAGACAGUUCCAAAUCCUGGGUUCUCUGGAAGGACAUACAAACAGGCAAGAACUUCGGAGCCACUGAAAGUGGGGAAAUGGUCUGUACAAUAUGUCAGGAAGAGUAUUCAGAAGCACCGAAUGAAAUGGUUAUAUGUGAUAAAUGUGGACAAGGUUAUCAUCAGCUGUGUCACACACCAAAUAUUGAUUCCAGCGUGAUUGAUUCAGAUGAUAAAUGGCUCUGUCGACAGUGCGUUUUUGCAACAACAACAAAGAGGGGUGGUGCGCUUAAGAAAGGACCAAAUGCCAAAGCACUGCAAGUCAUGAAACAAACAUUACCGUAUAAUGCAACAGACCUCGAAUGGGAUGCAGGUCAUAAAACCAACGUCCAGCAGUGUUACUGCUAUUGUGGAGGACCUGGAGACUGGUAUCUAAAGAUGUUGCAGUGCUGCAAAUGUAAGCAGUGGUUUCAUGAGGCUUGCGUGCAGUGCCUCCAAAAGCCAAUGCUUUUUGGUGACAGGUUUUAUACAUUCAUUUGCUCAGUUUGCAGUUCUGGACCAGAAUACCUCAAACGUUUACCCUUGAGAUGGGUAGAUAUAGCACAUCUAUGCCUUUACAACCUAAGUGUUAUUCAUAAGAAGAAAUACUUUGAUUCGGAGCUUGAACUCAUGGCCUACAUUAAUGAAAACUGGGAUAGAUUGCAUCCUGGUGAGCUGGCAGAUACACCAAAAUCUGAAAGAUAUGAGCAUGUACUGGAGGCAUUAAAUGAUUACAAGACCAUGUUUAUGUCUGGAAAAGAAAUAAAGAAAAAGAAACACUUGUUUGGCUUGAGAAUUCGUGUUCCUCCGGUGCCACCAAAUGCUGCUUUAAAGGCUGAGAAAGAACCAGAAGGAACUUCUCAUGAGUUUAAAAUUAAAGGCAGAAAAUCAUCUAAACCAAUCCCUGAUGUCAGGGAAUUAAGUAAUGGUAUAGAAAGAAAGGGGAAAAAAAAGUCAGUAGGUCGUCCACCUGGUCCCUAUACAAGAAAAAUGAUUCACAAAACUCCAGAGUCGUCUCCUCUGGAUAAUGAACCAGUUCCAGUGAUAGAGAACCCAGCCUUGGAAUUACCCUGCAGUGUUGGGAAAUCUGAUGGAACUGCACAUUCAUCCAAUACCUCAGAUGUGGAAUCCACAGGUGCUGCCAGUAUGAAAGAAACUACCUCAUCUAGCAUUUCCAGACAUUAUAGUUUAUCGGACUCGAGAAAAAGGACUCGUACAGGAAGAACUUGGCCUGCUGCAAUACCACAUUUGAGGAGAAGAGGUCGCUUUCCACGAAAAGCACUCCAGACUCAAAAUUCAGAAAUUGUAAAAGAUGAUGAGAGCAAGGAAGAUUACCAGUAUGAUGAACUCAAUACAGAGAUACUUAACAACUUAGCAGAUCAGGAGUUACAGCUCAAUCAUCUAAAGAACUCAAUUACUAGUUACUUUGGUGCAGCAGGUAGAAUAGCUUGUGGGGAAAAAUACCGUGUUUUGGCUCGUCGGGUGACACUUGAUGGAAAGGUGCAGUAUCUUGUGGAGUGGGAAGGAGCAACUGCAUCCUGACUGUAGGACUGAACAUUAUGUUCACUGCACUGUCAUCUGUAAGUACAGUUCAUAAUGCAGAGCCACGAGAGAAACGUGUCUUUAAAUGUGUUUCUAAAAACAAAACAAAACCAGUUUAGCCUUAACGUGUAAUUGUUAUCAUUACAGCUCUUGUGAUAAAGACUUAUCUUUUUAAAAUCUGAUCUGAAACUUAAAUUUUUUAAUCUGAACACUGUUAGAUUGUUUUAGGUUGGGAUAUUUUGGGUUACAAUUGCUUAAAAAUGUGCAUGGUGUUUAAAAAAUACAUUUUCUAGAGAACAUUCCAUGGAUACAGUUAUUGUGAUUUAGAGAAAAUAUUAUGUAGAUAGCACAAAUCUUUGAAAAAUUUUGGUUUGUUUUCUUACCCAAAUGUUUGCAGAAAUGUAUUUCUAUUUCAAUACUUUCUAGAUUUCAUAAGUGCAGUGUAUAUAAUGCCUACUGAAGACUGUAAAAUACUGAAGUUUUCUUUCAAACAAAGUGUAAAAAAAAGAAAAAAAAUAUAUUGAGCCUGUAAAUUGCUCUGUGACCAGA